UUUCAAUGAUUUUAUUUUGUUGUGUUUACUAGAGUGCUGCAAAAAGAAGAUUUUGUAAAAGUAUAUAAGUUGAAACUUAAAACUGAUCUUACUUUUUUGUACUGUUGAUUAUUUGCUUAAGAUCUUAAUUAUUUCGAGUGUGACAUAAUUCAAAAAAAAAAAAUCGAUCGUGGAUUAUUUCCUAAAAACUUUGCGUACCCUCAAAAAUCCUAUUAUGGCCGAGAAUCAAACGGCUACUGAAGAUUCCGGCCAUCAAUCACAACAACAUCAGCAUCAAUAUCAAGUUCAACAACAACAGCAGCAACAGCAACAACAACAGCAACAACAACAUCAAUAUCUAAUUCAACAAUAUCAACAAAAUCAACAAAAUCAACAACAACAAUUAGCCCAACAAGUUUCAGCAACAAUAACACCUGCCCUUACAUCGCCCACCACAUCUGCCUCAUCACCAGAAGAACAGAAUAUUAUAUUAACCGGCACAAAUCAUAUAGCGCAACUCCAUAACUUGCAAAACCAAGAUUUGCACAUCCGUAACCAGAUGCAAGAUAAUAAACAAGCACGUAGCAUGAUCGAUCGCCAAAUAUCAGCAAAAUUUAAGGCGACACCCACGGCGACUCAACGUCGCAAUACUAUACAGACUCCCACACGUGCUACAAAUAUAGCUAUGAAGAAGGCUUCAUUAACAAAAAUUUUAUCAAUGAAUAAUGCUGGUAGCGCUAGCGGUAAUGUUAGUCCAGCUGUCGGUGUGGACGGUGGUAAACAUCAUCAUCAUCACCACCAUCACCAUCAACAUCAUCAUCAACAUCAGCAUCAGCAGCAACACCCGCAUCAUACCGCCACUAACAAUCAUCAAUCGUCUUCAUUGUCGUCGGGUGUCGUUCAACGCACUACAAGCGAAGUAUUACGUCUAAACACUCCGCCUGGUGGGAAUGGGUUACAACACGGUGACUCUACCACUUCGAACCUCUCGCAUGCUUCUAGCAAUAGCAGCAUGCACUCGCAUUUGAUGAAUCACAGUUCGAGUACAAGUACUUCGAUAGUACCUCGCUCUACAACAACUACAGCAUCUACAUCAAAAGCUACGUCACCUAAUAAUAAUGGUAGCAGUAAUUCGCUAGUUCGUAGUCAUCCCAGUCAAAUAUAUAGCCAUCAAAAUAGUCAGCAACAUGCUGUGUAUUCAUAUAGAAAACCAAAGACAACCUCAUCGUUCCAGAUAACAUCAGUUACUAUAGGACAGAAAUUUAAUUCUGAUACUGGAGAAGAGUCAGCCGACGAUCUCGACGAAUCUCAUACAGACGAUAAUAGUCGUGUAACUGAUGUUGAAAAUGAAGCACCAUCAAUGUCUGAAGAUACAAUAUCUAAAGAAGAGGUUUAUUAUCCAAACAACGCACUUACCACUACAGCCCCAGUCAUACCAACUAACUCUCAAUAUGGACUUGUAGUUGUAGAUCCUAUUGGGCCUACUCUAGGACAGUCAAUACAGAAUGUGCAAGUAAAUGUGGCGGAUAAUAUAAUAAAUGUGGUAAGUGCAGCCGUCAAUACAGGUGAUAACAAAAAGAAAGAGGAUGUCAAAGAGACAUCACAUCGAAGUGAACGUUUUAAAGUAGUUAAAAUCGAGUCGACUGAACCAUUUCGCCGAGGGCGUUGGAUGUGUAUGGACUAUCUCGAUCACUCAAAUGUGGGCACAGCCGGUAAGGAGGGCGGCAGUGGCAACAAUAAUGAAAAGACUGUUUCCUCCGCGAUGGGCAGCAUCGUCAAUAGUGAACCUUCUAAAACGAAAAGUAUGAUAAUUGGUGCAGUAGGUGCAACGUUGCUUGAAAAUCAUUUAGAUGCAAGUAAUUUAACAAGUAACCAAAUAGGUGCGGACGGAAAUUGGAACUUUCCAGAUAACUCACCAAACCAGAAACUGCAACACCACCAACAACAGAUUAAGCAACAGGUUAGCCCAAUGCCGACUGGCAUCGCUACAGCUCCUGCAACUGUUGUGCAUGGUAUACAGCAUUUCGUGGGGGCAGGUAGUAAUGAUCGAAUUCAACAAUUACCGCAGCAACACUUAGGUCAAACACAUCUACCCCAGCAAAUAUAUAGUGAUAACUUAAACGCAAACGUUGGCCAAGAUGUUAGCCACGGACAUGGACAAACUUUACCACUGGAUUAUGCUACCGCUGCUGCGCAGCAGUUGCAACAAUCAUUAAAAGAGCUAAAGAAACAAGAAGAGGCGAUUGCAGCGUGCGAAGAGGCUGGAAAGCGAUAUGUGCCAGGAGAAUCGCAAACAGUUCUCAAAUAUCCUAUACCAAUUGCACAACCACAAGCAAUGGCACCACAGCAGCAACAAAAACAUCUUGCUCAACACAGUGUUACGUUGCCUGGUAAUAUACAUUUUCAAAAUGGCGCUGUUACCAUGUCUAGUGAUUUGUCAAGUAACAAUAACAAUUUGUCUUCAACCACGCAGCCAACAAUAACAACUCAUAACAUUACAUAUGUGGAUGCGCAACACAUACAACAGCAACAGCAGUUGGCACAGCAACAACAAAUGCAACAACAGCAGCACUUGCAACAACAGCAAGCCCUGCAACAGCAACAGCAACAGUUGCAACAGCAGCAACAACAGUUGCAACAGCAACAUCUGCAGCAACAACAACAACAGAUGCAACAACAGCUGCAGCAGCAACAGUUGCAACAACAACAACAACAACAACCGCAUUUGCAGCAACAACAGCCUCAUAUACAACAGCAGCAACAACAGUCACAUUUGCAACAACAACAACCUCUUAUGCAACAACAACAACAGCAUAUACAACAGCAACAAACGCAUGUGCAACAGCAGCAACCGCAUAUGCAACAGCAGCAACCGCUUAUGCAGCAACCACAACAACAUAUACAACAGCAACAAACACACAUGCAACAGCAGCAACCACAUAUGCAGCAGCAGCAACCAAUUAUGCAACAGCAGCAGCCAAUUAUGCAGCAGCAGCAGCCGAUUAUGCAGCAGCAGCAAACACACAUGCAACAGCAGCAACCGCAUAUGCAGCAGCAACAACAUAUUCAGCAACAACAGCCACAGCCCAUGUCACCAGCUCCGCAAAGUGGACCGCAAUCGCAAAUUCCUCCAACGUUUAUACAACAAAGCUCUCCAUUUACUACGCAAUCCAAUUAUCAACAACAACAAGCUCCUCAUUUACAUCCACAAAUCCAACAGCAACAACAACAUCAGAUCCAUCAACACCAAUUACCUUUGCAACAGCAAACAAUUGUUCCACAAUUAAAACAACAAAUCUCUCAAACCGAUGGAGUCACAUCACCACCAAUUGUCAGUGCUGCCAGUCAUAUACAACACCAGCAACCACAAUUUACACAACAGUUUCAACAGCAGACAGUUCCUGGCCAAACUAUGCCCAUUGUCACGCAAAUGACGAACUACGAUAUGCAACAAAAACAACAACACUCAGCAACGAUAACGGCCCAAACACAAAUCCAUCAACAGCAAAGUGCACCAGCAACUAUAGCCGAUCCAAAUGCAAUUGUAGUUACAAUACAAGCGCAGCAGCCAAUAAUUAUCAACAAUACAACAUUGACUACAACCAACAACAACAAUACCGCUAGCAGUAGUUGUAAUAAUAAUAACAAUAAUAAUCUGGUAACGAAGAGUGUGACAAGUGAGCCGAUUGUGAUGCAACACCAAGCUCAACAACCCCAAAUGCAUGGUGCCGAUAGUAUUAGUGCCAAUAAUGUUAGUAGUUUAAUUCAUCCAAAUAACAAAAUGAGUAACAUAAGUGCGGUGACAAUACCAACCGAUGACCUACACCACCAGCAGCAGCAGAUACAUCAUCAGCAGCAAUUGUUGCAGCAGCAAGCACAACAACAAAUCCAGCAACAACAGUCUCAGCAAUUGCAGCAGCCAACAGCGCAACAACAAACACAGCCACAACCGCAACAGCAGCAACAACAGCCACAAUCACAACCAAUAAUAGCAGAAUCAGAGACUGAAAGCGUUUCGAGCCUUUCCCAAGCUAUAACAGCGGGUGCCAACCGUAAACGCGCCUUCAGCACACCACACAUAUCGACGACAAUUACUUCCAUACUGAAUUUACCACAUAACGAUGAAAAUAGACUAGUGGGCAGCUUGCAACUAUCAGGCAUGCUUAAUUCGCAAUCAGAAAAUUUUAGCACUUGGCCCGUACAAGCGCCGGAACCACGAUCCGAUACAAAUAUAUUUACGAAAAUUGCACUUGGAGAUGAACGUUAUAUGUUGCCAAUAGAUGAUUUUCAACGAGAAGGUUCUGUUGGAUUUGCGAUUGGUAAUGAGGAAAAUGUGAAAGAUAAUGAUGAAGAUGACGAAGCCAUUGAUCAGUUUUCGCCUACAAUUUAUGCUACAGCUAACCAAAGUCGUGCCAUUCCGAUACCAAUGAAUGCGAAUGCGGGUAAUAGUCCACAGCAAUAUCCAACUUCUGGUAGCAUUUGCUAUGGUGCUAGUGUUAACAUGGGCAAUAUGUCUAUCUCCAACAGAACUCUUUCGCCAACAAAUAUAGCGUUUAGUGCAAGUCCUACUGGUACUGGCACACAUCAGUAUGCAUCGGUGCCGCAAUAUUAUAAUGGUUCACCUGAUGGCAAGUCUCCAUCAGCUGCUAGUCUGCCAACAGCUACAAAUGUUGCAUGCAGCUAUGAUCCUGCUUAUGGAACGUCGAUAAAUCGUUUAACACUGUCAUCACAACAUCAUCAUCAACAACAACAACAACAACAACAGCCACAACUGAUAUCGGCUCAACAUUCACAGCACACCAGCCCUAUGAUGCAAAAGCAGCCGCUAGAGGGUGCAACAGCAGUCAUUCCUACUGCUGCUUCGCCAACAUCCUCCCAAAACAGUGCAUCUGGUACAAGUGCAGUCGCGAUUGAUAACAAGAUCGAGCAAGCAAUGGAUCUCGUCAAAUCCCAUUUGAUGAUAGCUGUUCGCGAGGAGGUCGAAGUCCUCAAGGAGAAAAUCUCUGAACUAAUGGACAAGAUCAAUCAGCUCGAGGUUGAGAACAGUAUUUUAAAGGCAAACUUAUCGCAAGAAACAUUAGCACAAUUGCAAAUGCAGGCAAAGCUACAAAUUGCUGGCAAUAAUGCCGCAGCGGCGGCCGCAGCAGCUGCAGCUGCUGCAUCUGUUGUUAGUGGCACUCAAAUGCAACAACAGCAAACAGCGGUCGCAGGAGGCAUGGCAACAGCAGUGCCAACAGUUGGACAACAAACCAUAAAUGUUGCUUCAACACAAUUAGUUGAGAAUAUAAUUUUGCAACAGCAGCAGCAGCAGCAACAACAACAACAGCAGCAGCAGCAGCAGCAACAGACCACCAUCAAUGGACCAAUGAUGUAAACUGUCGAUUGUGGUGCGCAUAGAAAAUCAAAGCAAAACAACAAGAAAUGGUUUUGAACAACUUUUCAAAUAUUAAUUUAAUUAAUUUAACCAAAAAAUCAAACAAAAAAAAACAAAAUUUUCAGAAUCUCUACUACAAUUAAGCGAAGAAGAAGCAUUGGAAAGAAGAAAAAGAAAACAAAAAAAAUAUUUAUUCCAAUAUUUUUUAAAAUUUUAUUUUUAGAUAAAUGUGUGUGCCGCCUGUCGUUUGUUACGGCCUAAAAACUGUAAUUAUUUAACAAUAGUUUGUUUUUUGAUAUAUUUUUCAAUCCAAAAUUAUAAGAAACUAUAAGUAAUUUUUUGAGUUAAAAAAGAGAAUUCUUUUUUCAUUCUCUUUUCUAUUUUCUCAAAAUCAUCUCAACAACAAGAGUCACACACAUUUGUCAAGCAAAAAUCCAACAAAAUUUAUGUUAAACUUUUAUUUUGGUAAAAAAUAAAUUUAAAUGUUUGCACAAUAAAUUAUGAACUUAAUAGAUAUAUUACAUUAUCAUUAACAACAACAACAACAACCAAAACCAAAACAAAAGCA